CGUUUUCCAUCGACUUUGAAUUCUCCAUAAACCAGAAGAUCUUUUCACCAUGGCGCUUCGAAAAAUUCCCAUCAACGGUUUUUCAAACAGGGCAUAUGGCGAUAUUUCAACUCGUCUGCCACAUAGCCUCUAGCGCCCAGGGAUAUGGAGGGACGUCCAGUAGAGGCCAGGCUUUUCCUCAACGAUCCUCAGCUGCAGAAUUUGUGGAUGUUGAUAGUGGCGCCAGAUGAAGCGAAAAGUGUAGUGGCAGAAACGGCGUCACGACGGUGAAACUCUCUUGCAACAGGAACGACGACCAUCCGAUCGAUAUUGUUCUCAAGACUCAACCUCGGGCUUAGGGCAUAAGACCUGGGAUGAAACUUGUUGCAGGCUCUUUGCCAUAAGUUUACAAGCCCUAUAACAGACAUCACCCUGAAAUGCAAACAGCUUGGCGAAUGUUUGGGAACAGUUAGCAGUGAUGAUCUUCAACUAAUACUACGCUGCUGUCAAAACACCUGAAGAAGAGUGACGCGGUUGACAAAGUGUGAAACGAGAUUUCAGAGCUGACGUUCCAAAUUGGAGAGUUCAAAAAGGUUUUCACGUUUGUUUUUCCUGACUGCCGGUGUCGGUAAUAUUGCAUCUCGUCAAUCUUAUAGCUUGUCUGGUGAUAUGAUAAUGGCCCCGAUCAGGAUGGCUGCGGCGUAGCCAGCUGAAGUCACCUGAACAGCUAAAGCCCAGAGGAGGUGGUAUGAUACUUUUCAAUUUAUCUUGUCGUGAUUUUAACCAAAUACACAUGCAUCUUAAUAAUAUUAGGCUCUUCAAGAUCCCAUAAAGAUGGCAUCGCCAGAAGCGACCGAGGCAGAGCAAGAACUCUUCUUUGUCAGUCUCAACCAAGACAAACCAAUCACAGUAAUCCUUUUACAUGGUCUACUUAACUCGCAUCUUGAAUGGUCCUACGUGAUUCCUUACCUAUCCGAUUAUCACAUCAUCGCCCCCGAUAUCAGUGGCCAUUCUCAAUCCCGCGAUAUUCUCCCUGCGAACAUCUCCAGCUCCGCGGAGCGGGUGGCCGUGCUCAUUCGGCGAUACGCACAUGACGGCCGGGCCCACGUUGUUGGUCUCUCCAUGGGUGCCUUCAUCACUCUCCGUAUCAGCCGGCAACAUCCGGAGCUGGUCCUCUCUGCCAUUGUCACCGCGGGGCACCCCAUGGAGGGCCACUGGGCAUGGGUUGUCCGCUAUCCGAGCAUCACCUACUACGCUACGUUAGUGCUUCUCGAACUGGUACCGACAUGGCUGUAUAUGCUCGUGGCUGUCAACGGUCGCGGCAUGCGUCGCCACGAAGAACUCCUAGAGGAGAUGCGGCAUAAUAGGAGAUGGGAAGUGAUUCGUGCUGUGGACACGGGACUCCUGGAGCUCAACUGGGACCAUAUCAGGACGCUACCAGUGAAGACGCUGGCGAUUGCGGCAGAAGGCAUUGACGAUGUUGAGGCGGUGAGAAGAAUGGGUAGGGAAAUGCCCGUCGAGGGCUCACUGGCUGCAGUGGUCGGGGGAGCAGUGCAUACGUGGAAUUUGCAAAAGCCAAAACUAUUUUCUGAUGUGAUUAGAUCGUGGAUUGAACAAAGCACGUUGCCUUCAAGCCUGGAGAUUUUGAAGUCAAGUGGUUGAUUUACUACCCUAUAUACUCGCGUCUGGAGCGAAUAGCUGUCUUUUGAACUGAGCACCUAAUGAAUACCAUUAGUCGCCUAUGAGAAUGAGGGUAUUAUUAAUGAAACCGCAACGUUCGAUUUUAGUAAUUGGAAUUAUGGCAAUGGCCAAUGGUGGGACAUAAGGUCCAGACAAAUGAAGCUCUCCACAUGGAACGAAGCAUUUCGAGUAUCACAACUCACAAUAGGUCUUCAUUGAUUAUAGACCUUUUCUUCACCGACAUAUCCGGCAUGUAUCCUUUCCUGCAACACCUUUCAAUUCAGUACCAUUAAUUGAUUUUACCGGACGCCAUAUCUACGUAAUGUCCCGCAACGUUAAAAAUAAGAGAAUCACCUCUUGCUGCUGAAGAAACCUCGUCAGCGUUACAUGCUGGCCCCAAACAUCAAAGCUUCC